UCAUAUAAAUAGAGUCCCUGGAGCUGAGCCAUUGUGGUGUGACUGUGGCUGAGGGAGGACACUAUUACCACUAUGGAGCUGCCACAUAUAGGGACACACUGUUCACAACCUUCAUGUCGACAGCUUGAUUUCCUCCCCUUCACUUGUAACUUGUGCAAAAAAGAAUUCUGUGUUGACCAUCACAAGUAUGAUGCCCAUAAUUGUACGGAGAGUUACCAGGCAGAUGUCCAGGUACCCAUAUGCCCACUGUGUGAGCAGCCAGUGCCAAGUAAAAGAGGGCAGCCACCUGACUUAGCUGUAAAUGAUCACAUGGAGAACAAUUGUAAAAACAAAAAGAAAAAGAUUUAUACCAACAAGUGCUCUGCCAGUGGUUGCAAAACUAAAGAAAUGAUUCCAGUAUCUUGUGACUCCUGCAAGCAGAACUUCUGCCUGCGACACAGACACACUGUCGACCAUGACUGUAAAGGCCCUCCCACAGCACGAGAGAGAGCUCUUGCAGCUGCUGCAUCAAGAUUACCUAACAACAAGAAACAAGGCUCUGGAAGCUCAGGUCGAAGUCACAGCAGUGGUAGCGGGAGUAGUCAGAGUAUCACCAGAUAUUUCUCCCCAUCUUCAGUGGGCCCCAGACCCACUGGUCAUGCUCAGCCUGUCCGGACAGUCAACGUCUCCAACCUUCAGGGAGGAUUGUCUGAAGAUGAAGCUCUGGCAAGAGCAAUGGCUGCCUCCGUUCAGGAUCAGUCAGCUGUCCAGUCAAGUGGAGGUAACCGUGGCCAAGAGGAUGAAGAUGCAGAUGCUCAGCUUGCCAGAGCCAUUGCUGCUAGUAUGGAACAUAAUUCAAAUGCUGCCAAUAGUCAGCGGCGAAAUAGUAAUAGCUGUAAUGUUUGUUAGUGAAGAAAGGUGUAACUGCUCAGGAAUUUUAAUGAGUACACUGGAAAUAAUUAAAGCCUAAAGGCUUAAUUAUUAAGGUGACUUUUAUAUAUUUUCACAUAGAAUGGAAUUGUUGAUAUGAGAUAAUUUUGCACCAAGCAUAACAAAUGAUAUGCACUUGUAUAAGUGUUUUUACAUUCCUCUAAUAUUUGCAAUAUGGGAAAAAGGAAACGAGCUUGAUAUGUACCAAUUAUUAACAUUUUGGAAGUGUGUGAAUUGUGUACCGUCAGAGAUAUUUAGGUUUUGCAAGAAUCUGUCUAAGUAGAGAACACUCGGUCCUGACAGAGUGCAGGUUUUAUGCUCAUUAAUAAUACUUUGCAACAUUCAGCAGUUUUGUAAUAAUCAUGCUCCUCUUUUUUAUUAUUACUGAUAUUUCAUUUAUUGUAAACACCAUCAUUGCAAAUAUUGUGCUUUCACACACCAUAUAUGACUAUUUUCCCUGCAUUUUUUUUAGGCAGUUAUAAUUAUAGUGUUCACAUAAUCAUCACACUAACGAGAACUGAUUAUAUAAGAGAGAGUUUACAAUGUCAGGGUUGUUGAUUUAUGUUGAGGCAUCUUGACACAAUGAGAGGCAACACUAGUGGUGGGUGAUGAAUUGAGCAAUUAUAUUCUCCGUACAGUUCCUCUCAAUUUCUGUGAUAAAACUAGUUGUCAUCAUUCUCCAUCGUGGUUUUUACAGCACUAAUAAAUGACUUGUAGAAUAUUGGAACUAUGUAAGCGUGUUGUUAUUAACUGCAAUACAAUAUACUGAGGCGACAAAGUGACAGUCUUCUCCAAUGCACUUGUUGACAUCUCUAGUAUCGCAACAAUGUAUCUUAGCAGUUACAGUAUUUCAUCACGUGAAUUUGGGGACAAUUUUGUUUUGGGAAAAUGCUGCAUCUUGAUAUUGUUCUUGUUGAAAAGAAUAAAACCCAUUCUAAUACAUUGAUAUGAAAUAUUUCGCCCAUGCAGAAGUACUAGUUCAUUGAUAUACCAUCUUGUGAAAACAGCAAUGUGAUGAAUUCCAUUUCUGUUGUCUUUUUAAUUUAAGGACCGGUAAUUUGUAAGCCAAAUUUGUUAUAGUACUGGCUUGAUACAAUGACUCGCCAUGUCUUUACAUAUAGUAGAAGGAGCAGGGUAGAGAAGCAGUUCAUGUAGUGUAUCUGAAGUUGUGCCACGACCCAUCUGAACACAAACAAUAGCACUCAUAUUUUAUUGUUACGUCGGCUUCAGUAUUUUUCUAGCCUUUGAAUCGUUGGAUAAGUGAUCUUCUUGAAUACAUUCUCAAGAUGGAAGUUGCUAUCCCUAAAUUUAGUGAUCCAUAUUCAUGUCUAUUUUUCCAGAAUUUGUCGUCGAAGUUGGAAUUUAGUCCGAGUAAAUGUUCCUGAUCAUUCAUGUUCAUCAUACUGAAUAAUCAUAUUUUACUACAGUAUAAGCACAUUUUUUAAUCUUUUAUGUAGAACUUAAGAAAUGUUUUAAAUAUAUUAAGAGAGCUUUAUAUACGACAAAUCUAAUUGGUAAGAAAUAUAUACAGAAUUAUAAUAAGGCUCAGGGGCUUUGGCCUUUGUAAUACAGUAAUGUAAUAAAAAUUUACCAGCACUUCGGCUAACCGUUGCAUUUGCAGUCUUUGUUGAUGACGCUUUUAUGUAAAAGAAUUUUCUAGGUUGGUGAGGAGUCGUGAUCAUAUAAGGUACAGACAGGGUCCUCGCACCUUUGGGGAAUGAAAAAUUUAAUUUGUAGUUUUUAGAGAGUAAUGUUUUUUAUUUACUCCUUGAUCAAACACGUCACAUCAUUUUAUAAUUUAUGGGUCAGUUGUUAUGAGCCAAUUACCUCAGUGUGUGUGGUCCAUCAGAGAGUUCACUUGCUCAUUACUGUUUGCUCUUCAGUGCUAUAAUUACUUUUUCUUUGUUAUAUAACAUCUAUAAUUAAGUGAAGAAAAUACAUAGAGUACUGUAUUGAUGUUAGGGAAUGACAAGGUUUGAGGAGGAGGUAACAGGACUUUGUGUGCACCUUGUAGAAGUUGGAUACAGUAAAAAAUGUUUUUAUGGUUUACUUACCACAAACUGAUAGAAAAUAUCUCUGUUUAGGUACGUGUUUGAGUUAAAUUAUAUAUAGCGUACAUACAGUACAUAACUUUUGCUGUGGGUUUAUCUGCAUUUAUGUACUACAGUAUUUAGAAACUGAGGUAUUGAAACCAUAAUUCUAUACUGUUGUUGUUCAACCAUACAUAACUGUUUAUAUAUAAGGUAACAAUAGCUGGGUUAAACUGGUUGUGCCUGAACCAAAGUUGUCAGUCUUGUCCUCAGGAGAGAAUGUUGUUUUAUAUUUCUCGUUGUGAAGAUUACAGUACAGUAUGUAGCACUUAAAACACUUCAAUCGUUCAACUACAUUCAUUGUCGAUUUAAGUUGCUUUCUUUUCUUUUUUUAAGUUUAAAUCUAUACCUGUAAACUACUAUGUACAGUUGGCAUCAUAGACGUGAGAAAAUCUGUGGCUGAUGGAGAGAUCGUAAUGUAGGUAAUAUUUUUUCAUGAAUGAAUCACUCCAAGUCGUUGAUUUCGAGCGAUUCAUACAUUCAUCUAAAAAUAUUACAGUACGCACUACCUCGAGGAGAUGCCAGAUGUAUCCAUUGACCACAGUUUUUCUCACUUCCUAUGAUGUCAAACUGUACAUGCCAUCAUAUUAGGUGUACUGUACUGUACAUGAGAAAUAGUGAUACUGUACUUUAUAGUUUUUUCCAAGAAAACACACUGAUGUGUGUGUUUAUAGAGACAAUAAUAUAAAUAAUUGUGAUACAAGUUAUAAAUGGAUGACAAUUAUAUGAACCAUUUGUGGUGUUUGUAUGACAGAAGUAAUGUGCAUCUCUCUCGUUACUGUGUCCUGAGUUUGAGUCCUGGCCCAGGACAGAUAUAAAAAGUGUUAUCCAGUGUGACCCUCACUGCUAAACAUCUCAGUUUCCACUGGGUACUACACCCUCCUGUACUAACACUUGACAAUAAAAUUCGUAACAAAGACCAGACCAACUGCCAGAAUGUUUUGGAAGCUCAAAAGCGGUGAAAUGAUAAUUAAAAUUAAAGAAUUAAUUUAGGUAUAGUUUUAUGUUAUGAUUGUAUAUGACCUCUUAAAGGAAAUGCCAAAUAUAUGAACUGGUUUCCAAAUAAGUUAGAAAAGUAAAAACAAAAGUUUUCUUUGUUAAACAAACACAUCAGCUGCAUUUUAACUAAGUGUGACACAUGUACGGACAUAUUAAGUGGAACCUCCGUGAUUCAUCUUGGUGGGGAGGAACCAGUAUUCUACCUGGGUAUCAGAAUUUUUCAGAUUUUAGAUUAGUAAAGUGUGUUGGGUCUCUAUUGUUAACAAAAUUAUUAUCCUCUUCAGGAAGCACAGUCUGUGUACACUUACUGGGUGUACUGUUUGAUGUAUUCUAAGACCUAAGGGACAAACACCUACCUGGCCACCAUGUACUGUAUUGAAAUUAUCUGUCGAGUAACCUGUAAUACUGUAUCUGGAACCUUCUGGAUCACUGCCAUGGUUGAUUCUUAAAAAAUACUUCAGUACAGUACCAGGUUAUCAAAAGAGUUACUUAAUUGACCACAUGCUGGUUCAUUCUUAUCAUUUCAGUUUGAAUCACCCAUAAAGUUGUCUAUUUCCUGUAAUUUAAA